GUAGUGGUUUUACCAGUUAAAUUAUUAAAUACUCCUUUGAAUUUUAGGCAUUUUAAAUUGUUAAGAAAAGGCCAAAUGUAAUUUUUUGCUUUUACUAGUAUUUAGUGUGCUAAUUGCAUAAAUCACACUGUUUAAAGUCAAACUUACACAGCAAUCAAAAAUGUCAAAAAGACCUCAAAUUCAUAUUUUUGUGGGAGCACCCAGUAUUCCAAGCCUGCUGGAGGUGUCAGAGCAAAGUAGUUCAGCACCUGCUGCUGAAAAAUGGAGAGAACUCCGCUGUUUGUGUGAUACACAUAGUCUUUUUUCUGAAAAAGUCAAAGGUGCUGACCACUUAGUGUUUCAGGCAGAAAGCUCGAUAGUCACAGCAGUUCCUACAAAUGAUGACAGCUCUCAGCAGUCUGAACAGGGGAGAUUAAUGGUCACAGAAGAAUAUUUGACAUCUCUUAUACCUGUGGCAGUAACUUGUACCAGCACACCUAAAAAGACUGAAAGUUUAAUUUAUUCUGAUUGCCAAGUAUCUAAAGAUAGAUGCACACAUGCAAAUGUGAAUCAGGCUGCCGAUCAACACCUUCCGCAAAAAUUUGCAGAAUCAGCUAGACAAGAUAAACAAUCACAUGGCUGUUGUUCAGACCUCACUGAAAGAAAAGCCAGUCAUUUAGAAGUUAACAGCUCUGACAUUUCUGAUUUGGUUGCUAGUACUAAGCAGAUUACCAUACAUCUAAGGUCUGUGGGACAAGGUGUUCAAUCAGAUUGUAGAAGUGAUCACCAUGAACAUCUAAGUCAAUAUCUGGAUAUGUUUUUCCCCCAAAAUCAAGAGUCAAAACCAAAAAGAGAACCAAGUGAUUGUCCAGACUUUGCAGUGUCAACAGAUACUGAAUUUCGUAGUAUAAUGACUUCAAGUCAGAUGGCUGUUUUUGCACAGGAUUGGAAUGAGAUGCAGAAAAGAAUCAUAAAACUAUCAGAAACAGAAGCAGGCAAAAAAUCUGAAGAAAGGCACUAUGGUCACUUCCAAUUUGAUUCUGAUGUUGGAACAUGUCUUAACAUGGCUGAAAAUGAAUAUAAGGAAACGUAUACAAGUUCCCUUGAACUUUUCAGCUCUGAGGGUGAUGGGAAAAAUGUUUGCUUUGAAGCUACAAAACAAGAAGAAAAUGCUCAGGAAAAUACAGAGAAGUCUCAAGAACUUAAUGUUCCUGCUGAGCAAUUUGUAGAUGAAAUCCAUAUUGAACCAUUGAGCUCAGGAAUAUUGUGCUCUCAAGUAGACAGUUGUCAUAAGAGCUCUUCUGAAAGCGCCCGCAAAUGUGAAGAUUCCUUUCAUAUUUUUCACUCAGUAUUUAAAAGACAGCUGAAAUCAAAGAGAGCUAAACUGAAUUCUUCUCCAGUUGGUCCUGGGAUGAGAGUGGAUCAAGAGAGGAUGGCAGAGUUCAAGAAACUUCAAAAGAAACUAUCACCACUUAAGAAUUGCUGCUGCAAAAAUAAAAAGUACAAUGUUUUGGUCACAGUAGUACAUCCUUGUCAUAUCAAAGAAAUACAGGUGAAGAGUAAACCAAAAUCUUCAUGUAAAGUUCCUGUAGCAACAAUUGUAGUUAUUGACCAGUCAGAAAUUGAAAGAAAGGUGGUGUUGUGGCGUGGUGCUGCAUUUUGGUCACUCACUGUGUUUCCUGGGGAUAUUGUACUGCUUAUAGAUGUAAUAAUGUAUGAGAAUCUUUGGUGUGGAGAAAUCAUGCUGCAAUCUACGUUUACCAGUCAGUUACUGAAUCUGGGGAACUGCUCAGCUCUCAAUCCAGAAGAAUUUUAUCCUAUAGUGGAUGGUGGUGUUCUCCAUGGCUUAUUGGCGUACAUAUCAUCAGAAUUUCCGCACUUUGGAGACAUUCCACGAAGACAAGUUCAGAGACUGGAUAGUGUUCAGUAUAUGCAGCUAGACCAGCUCCAGCCAAAUACAUUGGUUCACUCAAUCUUGAAAAUUAUCAACAUUGUCGUAUUAACAGAAUCUGUGUAUAGCUACAGAGGUGGCAACCAAAGAAAAAUUAUUCUAACAGUAGAACAGAACAGAGAUCAACACUAUAGGAUGGUGCUGUGGGGAGCAGGGGCUGCCUGGUGCCCUCAACUUCAAAGGAAAAAAGAUCACAUUUGGGACUUUAAAUACCUUCUGGUCCAACAUAGUUCUGUCUCGGGUGACUUUGAACUGCACACAACUCCAUGGUCAUCCUGUGAGUGCUUGUUUCAUGAUGACAAAAGGGCAAUUGAAUUUAAAGAAAAGUUUCAGAAAAGCAAAACGUCCCUCAUGCAGAUGACAAAGCUCUCAGCACAUUUGGAGGAAAAACGCUCAGGAGUGAUUCAAGUGAAAGCCCAUGUCUUAGAACUGAAGUUUACAAUUUCAACUGGUCAUUACAAGCAACUCGCCUUCCGUGCUGACACUUCACUGGAGUGUGUUUUGGCUUCUCUGCCGAUGAUUACGUAUUCAGGUUGUGCUAAAUGUGGUUUGGAACUACAGGCAGAUGAGAACAUGAUCUACAAGCAAUGUAUUAGAUGUUUGCCAUACAACAAAGUAAAAACAUUCUACAGACCUGCUUUGAUGACAGUAGAAGAUGGAGGAUAUGAAAUUUAUGUUCAUGUGGUGUCUGAGUUGAUGGAAAAAAUCUUCCUCAAUAUUCCUGCAGACUGGCUGAACAGAUUAGUAGUGCCCUCUUCAGAUAUAACGUACAGCACAAUAGUAGCAGAUCUGUGUCAUUUGCUGCUAGCAGAUACGGAAGCAUCCUAUUUGUUGGAAAUUAGGAGCCAUUUUGUGCUAGAUGAAAACAGCUAUCCUUUGCAAAAGGAUUUCUAUCUGCUAAAUUUUCAUCCUGAUCUUUGAAGCAUUGACCUCUGUAAUAACUGAGUAACAGAGACCACAGGAACACACAGAUGGCAAACAGAAGAAAAAUGAAUUAGCUCGAGGAAGCGCAUCUCUUUAAAAAUACAAGAAAGGAUUUUGUUUUUAACUUAUACAAAAAACCCCAAAAGGACUGGUAUGGAAUAUCUGCUAAUAGUAUAUACUGCUGCUGUAAUACCGAUAAAUUGUCAUAAAGUGUAUUUUUAUACAUAUAUUUUUAUCUUAAUAAACUCUUACUGGGUAUCUCUUUUCCUUUUCUCCACAGAAAAGUUCACUAGUAUUGAGAGACUGAGUUUUUCUCAGAUAUGGCAGAUUAGAUGAAGACAGCCACAAUUCAGUAAUAUUAUUUUAGUUAUAAGAUUUUUGUUUGUCUUAUCCUAUACACUAUCUGUAACUUGGUUAUGUCUUUGCUUGCUUUGCUGUUGUGGUUGCUUUCCUUCUUUUAACUGUAGAAUUUCUGCCAUUUACCCUCAGCAAUUUUGCUGCCAUUGUUUUCUCUUGUAAAACAGAACUGUCUCACUGAACCUAAUUUUGUGUAUCUAGAAGUUACUGCACCAAUUUAAUUAAGAGGUUUUAAACUGUUUAACUGGCUCACUCUUUCAUGGACCCUUUAAAUGAUUUUAUUGUUGUAAUAUUUAUUGUUGUAGUAUUUAUCCGGCAUAAGCUGGCAAAUAAACUUAAUCACCGUAUGCCA